AUGACUCUUACAAUAUGUUUUAUAUAUGUAUGUUGGAUUUAUUUUGAUCGUCAUACAGAUUUACAAGGAGGUCGAUGGUCUAAUCGAAUUCGUCAAUUGCCUAUUUUUAGACAAUUUGUAAAUUAUUUUCCUCUUAAAUUAAUUAAAAGUGAAGAUCUUGAUUCAAAUCAAAAUUAUAUAUUUGGUUUUCAUCCACAUGGUGCAUUUUCUCUAAGUGCAUUGGGUAAUUUUGGUACAGAUGCUACAAAUUUUUCAACUCUUUUUACAAAUAUUCGACCACAUUUAAUGCUUCUUCAUAUUCAAUUUCAAUUUCCAUUUACACGUGAAGUACUUCUUAAUUUAGGUGUAUGUUGUGUAUCAAAAGAUAGUUGUGAAUAUUUAUUAAGUGGAAAAUCUGGUAAAGGUAAUGCACUAGUUAUCAUCAUCGGUGGUGCACAUGAGAUGUAUCUUACAAAAAAUGAUACUAUGAUAUUGUAUUUAAAGACUCGAAAAGGUUUUAUUACAUUAGCAUUAAAACAUGGUGCUUCAUUAGUACCUGUAAUUUCAUUUGGAGAAAAUGAACUUUAUCAACGAUAUACUUGUUUUAAUUUAUUUCCCAAUGGUAUAGUUUGGGGUCGACUCUUCGCUGGACAUAUACCACGUCGACGUCCUGUAGUUACUGUUGUUGGUAAACCAAUUUAUGUUAAACAAAAUAUUAAUCCAACAUCUGAAGAAAUCGAUCAACUUCAUAAUCAAUAUAUUCAAGCUGUCGAACAACUUUUUGAAGUGAACAAACAUAAAUAUAGCUUAGGACAUGUAAAACUAGAAAUUGUUUAG